AGCUCUCCACCUCAAAGACUCCUGCUGAGAAACUGCCAGCUCCCAGCUGUCUGCAGGGAGCUGCACCUUGUGCUGCUCUGGGACGCCGCUGCCAACUCCUUCCUCUGGUUCUUUUCUUGUUUUUUGUUUUUGUGAGUAAUGAGCAGUCCUUAUCUCCUGGCGGGCAGGAUCAGCUCUGCCCUGCCACCAGGCUAUCUGAAGUGUGCCACAGUGGAGCACUGAAGCGGUAUCAGCAACCACGAUAGGCGUAUCUUCUUCCAAAGCUGACAGAAGAGCCUGCGGAACAAGCUGGAAGCAACAUACAUGUGAUCUGCUGUAUUAAACCGUCUCCUCCAUUGAGCUGGGGGAGUGUUUCACUAUAAGAUAAGCUGUAAAGCAAAAAUGACAGCCAGGCUAAGUAACGGGGAAGGGAUAAUAUACCAGAACAGGAAAAAGGGUGUGUGUGGAAAGACACACAUUGGUUUUGUAUAGGAAAUCACCUUCCUUGUCACCGACGCAGCAAUUUGGUGUUUGACGUGCCCCUCCAGGAAGGGAAACUUCCUCCUCACACUGGGCAAGAAAGCUUCUACUUCCCUACCACAUGCUGCUGAAGGACACGGUCAUGUCUGAAGUCAUGCUUCCAGGUGGUCACGAAGAUGCUGGGCCGCGCAGGUUAACCCAAGAAGGGGCUCUCCCACAGAGGGGUGUGGUCUGCAGAGAGGAGAAGCCAGGACUGCCACUCUGCAGGAAGGUUUGCUAUGCUGUUGGGGGCAUUCCCUACCAGAUGACAAGCAACGUCCUUGGGUUUUUUCUCCAAAUCUUCCUAUUGGAUGUUGUGCAGAUGGAGCCAUUCCAUGCCUCUUUGAUCAUUUUCCUUGGAAGAGCCUGGGAUGCGGUUACUGACCCUGCUAUUGGCUUCCUGGUCAGCAAAAGCCCAAGGAGAAAAUAUGGCAAGCUGGUCCCAUGGAUCGCAUGCUCCAUGCCAUUUGGGGUGCUCAGCUACUGCAUGACGUGGUCCACUCUCUCGGAUGCCACCCCCUCCUCCCUGAAAUUCCUGUGGUACCUGUUCAUGUACAGCUUCUUCCAGACUUGCAUGACUUGCCACCACGUGCCGUACUCUUCCCUGACAAUGUUCCUGGGAGGAACCCAGAGAGACCGUGACUCGGCCACUGCCUAUAGAAUGGGGUUGGAGGUGUUCAGCACACUCCUUGGGUCAGGAAUCCAGGGGCAGAUUGUGGGCAGUUACCAUGCCCGCAUGAUGAGCAGCUGUUUCAUGUCAAACGAAACCCUGGCCAACACCAGCACCUCUGGCCUCAUGGACUCUGUGGAGAACACGCGUAGGGCCUACGUAUUUGCAUCCCUGCUCCUGGGUUUAAUCUAUUGCCUGUCCUGUCUGAUUCUCGUCUUUGGAGUCAGGGAGCAUCCUGGGCCCCUCAGACCACUGGGGAAGGUUGAGCUUCCCUUUGCCAGCUGCCUGAGGAUGAUCAUGGGACACAAGCCCUACACCCAGCUGCUGUGUGGCUUCCUCUUUGCAUCCCUGGCCUUCCAGAUCACACAGGGGAUCUUUGCCUUCUUCUGUACUCAUGCUGCGGGAUUGGCUGGGAAGUUUCAGCAUUUAGUGCUUAUCAUGUUGGUCACAGCUUCCCUCUCUAUUCCCUUCUGGCAGUGUUUUUUGGGGAGAUUUGGAAAGAAAACAGCAGUGACUCUGGGACUGGCGCUGAUCAUCCCAGCCCUGGUAGCCAUCACCCAGGUGAUGCACAACUUCCUGGCCUUCAUCUUCCUGGUGAUCAUAGCAGGCUGCAGCAUGGCUGUGCUGUACCUUUUACCAUGGUCCAUGCUGCCAGAUGCAGUGGAUGACUUCAUGCUGAGAAACCCCAGCUGCCUCAACCUGGAGGCUCUCUUCUACUCAUUUUACGUCUUCUUCAACAAGUUUGCAGGUGGCCUUGCUGUGGGGAUAUCAACACUGAGUUUACAUUUUGCAGGUUACCGUGCUGGAGACUGCACGUACAACCGUUCCAUCAUCCUGACCCUGCAGCUUCUCAUGGCCCCAGUCCCAAUAAGCCUGCUGCUCAUUGCCAUAAUCAUCUUCUGCCUCCAUCCCAUCGAUGAGGAGAGGAGGAAGCAGAUGAGAAUGGAGAUGGAGGCAAUGGGGCACCAGGUACGGUGCAGCAGCCAAGAAUAAACCCAGGGCUGAAGUGGGUGAGUUCAUUGGGAAGGACACGCAUUUGCUGCACUAUCAGGAUGUGCUGCUGUCAGGGAAAGUCAUUGCUUCCUGUUGCUUCCUGUUCCCGUGUCCCAAAGGCUUGUUUUGCAUCCUGACCCCUGCCCUCUCCCAGCUGGCAAGCACAGGGUGGGGAGGGGGUCCUGCUGCAGCCCCAGCCCUGCCACCUCACCAGAGCUGCUUUCUCCAGCGCUUGGCCUCAUUGGUCUUUUGGCAGGUCCUGACAGAUCUGGGCAAGGUAGAUCUGCACUCUCCUGGGAGAGAGUGCAGUCCUGGGGAGGAAGGGCCCCCACCAGCCCUGGAGCGCUUCGCUUACACACGCCAGGGUGCAGAGGUGUCACUUAACCUUGUGGGAAUGCAUGCAAAGAACACAGGGAUUGUUUUUGAGAGGAAAAUAUUUUUGACCAGUUUUUAGGGAAAAUACUGCUGAGAUAGUGCACAUCUUUGUGCUUAGACUGCCCUUUCACAGGAAGAGGCUUAGAAUUUCUUUGAAUAAGGGUGAAGUUCAAGCUGGUGGUGUUUUAAAGCAUGUGCAGAAACAAUGACACCUGGCAGCAUGGUGGUGGAAACCAGCGCUGUCCGUCUGCCUCGGCCUUGUUAGCCAAGUCACUUCUGGGGAACCAGGAGCUUCUCAAUGCAAGAGGGUGUGGGAAUGGGCUGCACUGCCUCGGGUCAGGCAGCUGGUGGGGUUUCCGGCAGCUUGUCCCAGUUUUUGCCAGGUUGGGAGGUAAUGGAAGAAGUGUCAAAUGAAUGUCAAGAAGAGCUGAGUCAGUUUUAAAUCAUAGCCCAUAGCUAGAUCUCCCACAGCAGCAUCUUGUGAGAGCUGCUCGGUACCCCCACAGCUCUCCUGGCAACACUGAGAGGGCAGUGGGGGGAAGAGAGGAGAAAUCAGCCAUUUCGUGGCUGGUAGCACUGAGCUGUGUUCAGUCUUGUGCAGAGGCACAGAGCGAGGCUGGUUAUUUUUAGGGCUAGAGCUGUAUCUGACCGUUGGUUGACCUUGCAGCUUUCCAGUCUAGUGCACACUGGCAGGAUCUGAGCAAAUUACUCCCCAGUUGUGUGCUGAAUUAAUUUGAAGCCGUAAGUCUUGUGGUGCAACUUCAUGAUCCAUGGGGGAGAUGGUGUUUUAGAGCUGUGUCAGGGCACCUGCAGGAUCAUCGCAGCAGCCCAGAUUCAGAACAAUUUCUCAGAUGUGCAAAGGGCCUAAUUUUUUUUUUUCCCCGCUCUGUCCUGGUUUUGGCUGGGAUAGAGUUAGUUUUCUUCACUGUAGCUGGUAUAAUGUGUUUUGGAUUUGGUAUGAGUGUAGUGUUGAUGGCACAUUGAUCAUAGAACCACAGAAUGUCCUGAGUUGCAAGGGACCCGCAAGGAUCAUUGAGUCCAACUCCUGUCCCUGCACAGGACAACCCCAAAAUUCACACCAUGUCUCUGAGGGCAUUGUCCAAGUGCUUCUUUAAUGUCGUCAGGCUGGUGCCGUGAUGCCUCUCUGGGGAGCCUGUUCCAGCGCUCCACCACCCUCUGGGGGAAGAACCUUUUCCUAAUAUCCAACCUAAACUUGCCCUGGCACAUCUCCCUGCCAUUCCCUUGGGUCCUGACAUUGGUCACCAGAGAGAAGAGAUCAGCACCUGCCCCUCCUCCUGCCCUUGGGAGGACGCUGCAGACCGCGAUGAGGUCUGCCCAAAGUCUCCUCUUCUCCAGGCUGUACAAACCAAGUGACUUUAGCUGCUCCUCAUACGUUUUCUCCUCUAAACCCUUCACCAACUUUCCCUGGACACUCUCCAGUAGCUUUAUAUCCUUAAAGUACUGUGGUGCCCAACACUGCGCCCAGCACUCGAGGUGAGACCACAGCAGUGCAGAGCAGAGCGGGACAAUCCCCUCCCUCACCCGGCUGCAAUGCAGUGCUUGAUGUACCCCAGGGCACGGCUGGCCCUCUUGGCUGCCAGGGCACGCUGCUGGCUCGUGUUAAACUUGCCAUCAACCAGAACCCCCAGGUCCCUCUGCAGAGCUGCUCUCCGGCCUCUCGUUCCCCAGUCUGUACGUUCAUCCAGGGUUGCCAUGCCCCAGGUGCAAAAUCCGGCACUUGUCCUUGUUCCUUGUUAAACUUCAUAUGGUUGGUGAUUGCCCAGCUCUCCAGUCUGUCCAGGUCUCUCUGCAGGGUUUCUCUGCCCUUGAGAGUGUCAACAGCUCCUCCCAAUUUUGUGUCAUCAGCAAACUUAAUUAGUAUUCCUUCCAGUCCUGCAAUCCAAGUCAUUUAGGAAGAGAUUAAAGAUUACUGGCCCCAAGAUGGAUCCCUGUGGAAACCCACUAGUGACCACCUGCCAGCCAGAUGUAACCCCAUUUACUAUAAUAACCCUUUGAGCCAACCCAUUGGCCAAUUCUUCACCCACUGCAUUACGUGUUUAUCCAGCUGCGUGCUGGACAUUUUGUCCAGGAGGAUACUGUGAGAGACAGUAUCAAAAGCUUUACUGAAAUCCAAAAAGAUCGCAUCGACUGGCUUUCCUUGGUCAACUAGUUUGGGGGGACCUUGUCACAGAAGGAAAUUAAGUUUGUUAGGCAGGACUUUCCCCUCAUGAGCCUGUGCUGGCUGGGACCAGUGACUGUGUUGUCCUUCAGGUGUUUUUCAAUAACUCCCAGAAUAAUCUCCAUAAUUCUGCCAGGCACAGAAGUGAGACUUAUGGGCCUGUAGUUACUGGGGUCAUCCCUGUUGCCCUUCUUGAAGACUGAGACAAUGUCUGCCAGCUUCCAGUCAACUGGGACCUCUCCAGAUUCCCAAGAGCACUGAAAAAUCACUGAGAGAAGUCUCGCUAUGCCAUCAGCCAGCUAUUUAAGUACCGUUGGAUGAAUCCCAUCAGGCCCUAUCAACUCAUAGGGGUAAAGCUAGAGCAGCAAGUCCUGCACAAGUUCAGGGUUUAUUAGGAGUUUAUCAUUCCCACAGUCAUAGUUCUCUAGCCCAGGGCUCUGGGGGUCCCUGACCCCACCAUAGGUGUUGAAGACACCAAUUGAUGUUUUAACUGUUGUUAAGUAGUGGCUAAGUGUUGCUUAGUAGUGCCUAUACUAGUCAAGGACCUUUCCAGCUUCCCAUGCUGUCCCAGGUGCACAAGAAGCCGGGAGGGGAGGGGACACAGCCAAGGCAGCUGACCCCAACUGACCAAAGGAGUAUUCCAUACCAUAUGAUGUCAUACUCAGUGUAUAAAGCUGGGGGAAGAAGAAGGAAGGGGGAGACAUUUGGAGCGAUGGCAUUUGUCUUCCCAGGUAACCAUUACACGUGGUGGAGCCCUGCUUUCCUGGUGAUGGCUGAACACCUGCCUGCCCAUGGAAAGGAGUGAAUGAAUUAAUUGUUUUGUUUUGCUUGUGUGUGCAGCUUUUGCUUUUCCUUUUCAUUAUAUUGUUACUAUUAUUAUUAUUACUAUUACUGUUUUGCUUUACCUAUUAAACUGUCUUUAUCUCUACCCAUGAAUAUUCUCGCUUUUACCCUUCUGAUUCUUUCCCCCAUCCCUCCAGGGGGGAGUGAGCGAGCAGCUGUGUAGUGCUUAGUUGCCAACUGGGGCUAAACCACAACACCGUCUAUUUUUGUUUUGUUUUGUUUUGUUUUCUGGACUGUGAAGGAUGUUCCUUGGUAUCACCUGACUAAGCCCGCAGUCAGGUGUUGGGAUGUGCUGCCCUCUGCCACCGUUUUGCUUGCAGCCUUGCUGCCUUUGGAUUUACAAACAAGCAAAUGCCUUUGAACAUCGAGGAAAUGCUCCGAUCUUUGAGAGUUUAAAGUCCUCCAGAAGGCAUGAAUUAUUUUCAAAGACACAUGCUGCUUGGGACAGAGGAGUUGAUCUGGAGCUCCCACCCUGCAGCAUGGACAGUAAAUAGACCACAGGCCACUGCAGAGUGGGACCUGACCCACCGCAGAGCAGGGAGCUUCUGCUGGCAUGUGUGGUGCCUGCCAGCGUGGUGCUUCUGUAUAUCAAAUAAUGUCCCACUGUUAAAUCUGAAUGGUCAUGCUUUUCCUUCUUGGUAUUUCUUACUUUGUGAGUUCUGCCAGCAGAUGAUCCAGAGGGCAGGGAGCAGUUUAGGCAGAACUCACUUGUUUUCAAGCCUUUGUGCUCUCUCCAGAGUUCAGACAUUGGAAUCUGUCCUGAACCUUUCCUGGGUCUUGACCAGCUGGACCCUGAGCGGUUGAGAGGUGAUCAAACCUGGCCGAGCUGCUUGCCACUGUCAAAGCACUGGUUGUUGCAGCAACCUUCCUUGCUGGUAAGAUGAGCAGGUUACGCCAGGGAGUUAAAAACCAAAACACCCCACCCAGGGUGAGAGCCAUGAGGAGGUUGCAGCGCCUGACUUCUCCAAGCGUGCCUCUGCCAGCGUGGCAAGGGCUUUAGCGUGGGCAUACAUUGAGCAGUAUUUUCCCCUUUCAGAUCCUUAUCGCUGGCCCUUGUAGGGAGCUCAGGCCUGGCCCUUCACCGACAUAGCAUUAAUCAGGAGGGAUGAGAAUAUGUCCCUUUUUCUCCCGUAUUCUUUUCAUCUUGACUCUGGGCCUCACACAUCUGCCCUGUGAACUGGUGCGUUUGUGAAAGUAAGGGACCACAGGCACCAUCUGUGUGUUGCAGCUUUAACAGAAAUAAUGCUAUGAUGACAAGCAAGAAAAAAAACCCACAUUGAUACUUCAGUAUUUAAAAGAUGCAAGCAAGGAAUAGAAGCAGUUAAAACUUGCUUCAUCCCAUUAUCUGUUAUUUUAAAAGAGUCUCUUCCUCUUGUGUCCCAUUUUAAUGCACUUGCUGAGAAUACAGGCUUUUUAUUAGCCUUUUAGCUGUCCUUGGAACUCCUCUGUUCCCUUGCGGACACUCAAGUUCAUCUCCUUGAAGUAAGGAAAUAGGACACUUUGAGGCGAAAAUCCUGUGCCUGGAGCAAUUUUUUUUGACCAAAAAAGCAAGCAGUUGCUGUUGUUUCCAGAAGAAAGUCCUUUUGAGUGUGGGAUUAUUCAAACCUGUGUGUCUUUUGUUGAACCUGCCCCAGUUACACGGAGCUGUCGCUGACCUUUGCCAGCACGAUGGGGAGCAGCGUUAAUAUACAUCUAUUAAAACAGCAUUUUAUCUG